UCUCAACCGCCGUUCUUCCUCUCUCCUACCUCAACACGAGCCACUACAGUGGUAUCACCGCUUCCUACUCAUCCUCAGAGUGCCGAAAAUAUGGUGGACAACACGAUCAAUGGCUUCAGCAGAUCACUAGAGAGGUUCCGCAAGGGCAUCUCGGACGAUCAAAAGCAAGAGUUCUCGUCCACGGGCCUUGAGGAAGUCAAGCUGGCAAUUCAACACAUCCAGGAUCAAAUUGGACCUGAUAAGAAACUACGGAACUUUACGCGCCUCAAAAAGUUCUUCGAGGGGAUGAAACAGAUGGAGGAGCUCGUCAAAAUCUUCCUCCAAGUCCAUGAGGUCGUAGCAUUCAUCUGGGGGCCUAUCAAAUUCGUAAUGAUGAUUGCCGCCACGAGGGUCGAUAUCCUUGAACUUGUGCUCGGAGUGUACCAAGAGAUAGGUGACGUUCUCGACGGUUUGGGGAGGUAUAGCAGACUAUUCAAGAAUCACCCUGAGGCCAGAGCAAUCCUCGAGACAUACUUUGAUGACGUGCUUCAAUUCCACUCUGGAGUCUUGGCGGUGUUUUCCAAGCCAGGCUGGAAGCGAUUCUUCCAAUAUGCCUGGCCAACUUUCAAAACUCGAUUUCGGCCCAUCAUUGACAGCCUAAAGCGUCAUCAUAAUUUGUUAUCUGAUGAAAAGCUUACGGUUGUCAUUGAAGAAGUCCAAGAAUUGUCAACGGAUUUCAACGAUCGACUCACUGAAAUCCGCCAGGCCAUUCGGGAGAGUGACACGAAGCGCCAUGAUUCUCUCUUCAGUCAAAAAGCGAUGAUUAUUACCAAAAUCGACCCUCUCGAUUAUGAAUCGGAUCAGCAAAUGGCGUCGAGGCAGCGAUACGAGUCGAAUUCCGGCGAUUGGAUCCUAUGGGAUCCCAAAUUCAGAAGUUGGGCUCAUGGAGAUACGUCACUUGAUAGCGUCCUUUUUCUACACGGCAUGCCCGGAUCAGGCAAAACCACCCUUGCUUCGCGAAUCAUUGACCACUUGAGGUCCAAGACCCUCGGACCAGAUGGGCUUGUAGUAUUUUUCUACUUCAAGCACAAAGUUCCAGAAGGCACCCAUCGGACUAGUGGUGAAAUGUUCCGCGCUCUUUUAGCCCAGUUGCUGACUCAAGAUGAUGCUCUGCUAGAGUACAUGCACCAGCAGUGUGCAGAAAAGAACAAGUCUGAAGUCCUGUUGGACUCGUUCCUGAAGGACUGCACAAGACACUGCCUGAUGAAUCAAAAGCGGGUCUGGAUAGUUCUUGAUGGUCUGGAUGAGUGUGAUGAGGAAUAUGAAACUAAUAAGGUGGAAUCUCAGCGGGUCAUCAAGUGGCUUCAGGAAGAAGCGAUCUGUGAAGGCGGUAUCAUACGACUUCUCGUAUCAGGACAGCGAGACGGACAUAUCGAGACCAUCUUGUCAACAUACCCCGAGAUUGGUCUGGAUCCCAAUGCGUUUCACGCUUCUGAUAUUGAGCGCUACACCAAAUCCAGGGCCUUAUUGAUCAGAGAACGGUUCUCUUUGGACUCGAAAGAAGAGGCCGAUAUCAUCGAGAAGGUUGCCUCAGCUUCAAAAGGAAUGUUCCUCUAUGCCAAGGUUGUCCUGGACAACCUACUUUCUCAAGAAUCGCCCGCAGACCUCGAUGAUGAGCUCACGCAAAACAACUUCCCUCAAGGACUAGAUGCAGCAUACGAACGAGUAGUGAUACGGGUCCUCGAUCGACCCUCACCUGCAAGAAGGAAAUCUGCAGCGGGCAUCUUAGGGUGGCUUAUUUGUUCAGCAAGGCCUCUGCGAUGGAGAGAGAUCCAAUCCAGGUUUUGCAUUAACCUUGAGAAAGCGACAUGCAACUUCAGGAACAGACGAGUGGAUAAUUGCAAGAUCAUCUGCGGGUCUCUAGUAGAGACAGAGCCUUGUGAGUAUCAUGGGAAUUCAGCCACAGAGCAGAACAUCAGUCUGGUCCAUAACACGGCGGGGAGAUACCUCCUACAUACCCGCCGGAUGAGCCUUUUUGAAGAACACGCAAAAAUGGCGAUCUACUGUUCUCAGUAUCUUUCGUCUCAUCCUUUCGCCGAGGGACUUUGUGCGGUUGAUAUCGAGGAAUCUGCCUUGACUGGUUACUACGGGCUUCUUGAUUACGCUCUCGCAUUUUUUCAACACCACGCCGACUUUAUUCUUACUGUCAAUUCUGGUUCAAACAUUGCCCUCCGGCAAAAUGUCAUCCAAUCAAUGCAUCAUCUCCUACCUUACAGCUUAUAUGAACCGGAUGAGGAAAGCAAUCUCACGGCGACACAUGUAGCCGUGCAGUUGAGGAUCGCAGAAUGGCUGAGCUUUAGUGGUGACUCCUCUAGCAUUCAAAUGCGAAUUGCCGCCAUCCGAAAAGUGAUCGAAGCCAUCGAUUACUCUGCAUUAAACGAUGGAACACAAAGAGCUUUCUUGGAUCUCAAUGGGCUGGAGAGAUUCAAGUGUCCAAAAAUUCGGUGCUUGAAGUUCGCCUCCGGUUUUCAAAAUCAGCAAGAGCGAAACUUGCAUUUACUUGAACACGACAGACCUUUCAAGUGCUCUACUGAGGGAUGCUAUGCUCGCGUCACGGGUUUCCCUUCAAAAUGCGAUCUGGAUAGCCAUUCACAGCGCCUUCACGCUCAUCCAGCAGAUUCGACACUUUUCUCCAGGUCAAGACGAAAUGAAAUGCCAGAUAUUCACUCGGCAGCUUCCCGAGGCGAUCUGGAAAGUGUCAAGACUCUUCAUAAACAAGGUGCUUCUUUGACUGCAACUGCGACAUCCAAAAGUUCAAAAACUCCACUCGUGCUGGCGGUUAGAAAUGGACAUUAUCAUAUCUGCGAGUACCUGUUACAGCAAGGAGUAGAUCCGCAUGACAUUGGUCUCCACAUCAUUUCACCGAUCACUGAGGCAAUUCAGAAGUCAGAUCAAGAACUCUUCCGUCUAUUGUUCAGCUUCGGGUCUAAGGCCAAGCCGGUUUUACCGGGUGAUGUGGCGCUAGCCAUUGCAGCUGGAUCUAGUGAAAUACUAGAAGAUUUAUUAGCAAAUUUAUCGCCUCAGCAUAUCGAAUUGAGAUUAUACGAAAUUCUCAAUCUUCUCCUGACAUUGAGCCAGGUGAGAGGGGGACAUCGACUUAACUCAGAACCGAUGCUUGAAACGGUCGUCCGCCUUCAACAUCGAGUAUUCGCUCAUGCUUUCCCAAGUUUAUACGAACCAGACGGGACGACUCCCAGACCUCAUAUUCACAGGCGAAACGAUGACCUCCCAUUCAAAAGGCUGUCUAAAGUUCUUCGCGAAAUGAGCUUGGAUCCGGGUCCGUUUCUCUCCGCAGUUUUCGCUUCUAAAGGGUGGGCCAUAGCAGAGUGUCUCUUGGACUUAAUGAGUCCUGGACAGCUGAAUAUUGUCAAUCCUUCGACAAAACGUACCCCUUUACAUCAUUUAGCAGGAACAUCCGUUUCCACUGGCUUCAAUAGGAGAUGCGUUCGAAGCCUGGCUCAACGGAUCAUUCUAUUAGAUGGUGGGGUUUCCGCCAAUAUGAGAGACUUGAAUGGCAACCUGCCGCUUCAUUCGGCGACAAUUGCAUCUUCGGAGAUUCUUGAUCUCCUCAUACAACACACGAACGAUUUGCAGGAACGGAAUGGAUCGAAUGAAACAGCCUUGGAAAUCGCUGUGAAGUUCGACCUCGUUGAUCCUCUGAGGCAACUUUUGCAGAGUGGCCGCGUUCACAUAGGGACGAGUGAUAUGAAGACUUUGAUAAAACUAGCUGACGAAUCUGUCAGUCUCGAGACUAGAAGAGAUAUGCUGAAACUCUUAAUUCCCGAUAGAGUCAGUUCUCCGGACGCAACCUACAAUGAGCUCCUCUCUUUAUUCAACGAGCUCCGGAAUUCCAGCGCCGCCGAGCCUUUCCUCUUUCCCGUCAGCACGAACGACAUCGCUGGCUACUACGACGUCAUCAAAGAACCCAUGGACUUUACCACGGUGGAGAAAAAGCUCGAGGCACGCCAAUAUGCCGGCUUCAAGGAUUUUGUGAGAGAUUUCAACCUCAUGUUCGACAACUGCCGCAAGUACCACCAUGAGAGCUCCCGCUACGCCAGCAUGGCAAAAAGGCUCGAGAAAGUCAUGCGGCAUCAGAUCAGGUCCAAUCCUAAGUGGCAGAAAGCGAUGGAGGACGGUUCAUGAAUGCAGUAUAUACAUUUUAGUGAGCUUGAGCCAAACUAUUGUGUUCUGUCUUGACUAUCGUAGCAUGUUCAGCUGUCAAUGGUCUCGUAUCGAGAGAGCAUCGUUAUUCACAGAUAUGACGGGCGUACUAGAAUUAUUAGGUUUCUUUUUGGACUUUUCAUGCCUUUUUGUUUGCUGUGUUGCCGGAUGGACUCGGUAAAUUGGUACAACAUUUCU